AUGACGACUAUAAGUUUUGCUUCUUCUGCUGAACCAAAGCAUCACCCGGAUUGCUGUAUGGCCAUUUCGCAGCCCUUGCUCCACAAUUUAGCCAAUGUCCUGCCCCAAGGCCCAGCCAUCUCUGUCCUUAGCAUCGGUAGCGGCACCGGCCUCCUCGAAAGUCUGCUUUCCGAAUCUCUUGAUGAUUCUUACGAUAUAUGCGGUGUAGAAGUUUCUCCUAAAGUCAACAAAUAUCUGCCUGAACAAGAUAUGUUCUUCGUGGGCGGUACUUGGGACCUUUGUCCACAAGCAGGUAAAUCUCAUGUCUGGGUCUUUACAUACCCUCGGGAGCCCAAGUUGAUUGUGCAAUAUCUCGAAGUACACGACCAUGCCAACCUUUCCAAAAUCAUCUGGCUUGGUCCCAAGAUGGAUUGGCAGGACUACGAAGGCGUCUUUGCUUCAUCAAGAUUUAGUCAUCUUACUGUGCUGGAAGAUUGUGGAGCAGCAACCUACGAAACGGUCGUUGUUGCGGAACCUCGAGUGAGUGAGGUGUAG